AUGAAUAGCCCUUCCGGCCGGGCUGGACUCAUCAAGGCUCGCGACGACGCCGGCAGCAUGGAGAAACUGGCACACUCCGUCCUCGACGACAUAUUACACAAUGUCAUCUCCGACCUCCUUGUCAAGGUCCAUCGCGAUGAGAAGCAGGCCAAGGCUACCUCGGCCGUCAUCCGCGUCGAAAAGCUAGCCUCGGACGCCUCCGAAAGCUCGACCCCCGACUCAAAACCCGACGGCCGGAUCGAGACCGACGCAGCCGUGUACGAGGAUGGCAAGGUCACCCUCAAGGGCAACCCGCUGAAGACGACGGCCGAGAUUCUCUGCCCCAAGUGCCAUCUGCCCCGGCUGCUUGCGCCCACCGAUGGCAAGGGCGCCGUCAAGCCCGAUCCCACCAUCAUCUACUGCAAGCGACACCCAUACAUCGACAAGCCCGGCUGCGAUAUCUACGGCCAGUCCUGGGUUGCUCCUGGUCCUGGCCGCGGUAAGAAGAAGAAGGACAUGGAGAAGCCCGAUCCGGCCGAGAAACCUGCCAACGUGCUAUCGUUCCCCUCAGCCACCUGCAGCAAAUGCAAGCGCUGCAUCCUCGUCACCCGACUCAACAACCACAUGGGAUCCUGCAUUGGCAACAGCGGUCGUAACGCUAGUCGCGCCGCCGCCCAAAAGAUAAACGGCGGUUCCCAGAACGACAGCACCCCGCCCUCGUCGCAAAAGGCCACACCCGCCCCCGGGUCCCGCGCCUCGAGCCCCCGGAAACGAGACGCUGCCCCGAGUGAUGAUGGGGAAGAAGACGAUGACGAAGACUCCGAGGCGAGCCCUAAGAAGAAGAAGUUUAAACCGACGAGCGCUGCAAAUGCCAUUACGAAAAAGGUCAUUCUUAAGACGAAACCUAACAUGAAGCCGGAUAAGGCCCGCGUUUCUUCCCACCUCAAGCAAGAGCACAAGUUCAACGACAGUGACUCGGCGACUGACAAGACUCCAACAAAGCUCAUCAACAAACACAUGAGCCCUCUGAAAAAAGUCAAGGUACAAAAGCCUACGAGCUCGCCGCUGUCCCGCAACGGCAGGGACAUUGACAUGAGGUCAGAGUCCUCAGAUCCAAUGUCUUCACCCCCAGGUCGAUGA